GCGGCGUGGAGUGGGAGGCCCCGUGCCACUGCAGGGUGACGGUGACGGUGGCGUCGAGUGACUGAGGCGACGGCGGAGAGAGCGGCAGCGGCAGGGGACGGAGCCGAGCCACGACUAUAUAAAGUUUCAAAAUGAAUGGUUGCCGGGUGUUCAUCGGUCGCCUGAGCUCUCAGGUGAGAGAACAUGACAUAGAAAAAUUCUUCAAAGGUUACGGACGCAUUCGUGAAAUUGACCUGAAGAGAGGCUUUGGAUUUGUGGAAUUUGACGAUGCACGGGAUGCUGACGAUGCUGUUUAUGAGCUGAAUGGCAAGGAGCUGUUCCAUGAGCGGAUCACGGUGGAACUUGCAAAGGCGCCACCUCGGAGAGGAGGGGGCAGAUUUGGUGGGAGAUUUAAUUACUAUCGCCCCCAAAGUGAACGAAGCAGUGGACUAAGAUAUGGGCCUCCUGUUCGCACUGACUACCGGCUGAUUGUAAAGAAUCUCUCUUCCCGUGUUAGUUGGCAGGAUCUGAAAGACAUCAUGCGGCAGGCUGGUGAAGUGACCUUCACUGAUGCUCAUAGAAUCCACAAUAAUGAAGGCAUUGUGGAGUUUGCUUCUUACACUGAUUUGAAAAAUGCCAUGGAUAAACUGGAUGGGAAAGAGAUCAGUGGGCGAAGGGUGCAACUGAUCGAGGAGCCUCGCCGCCACAGGUCUUGGACCAGAUCGCGUUCUCGAAGCUCUUCGCGAUCCCGCAGCUACAAGGGUUCCGGAAGCGCUUCGAGGUCGGCGAGCCGUUCGCUGAGCCGCAGCCGGUCUGGCUCCCGCGGCAGGUCGCCUGCCCGUGACGCCAAGCGGCAGCGGGGCGAAUCCCGCUCGCCAGAGGUCAAGCAUCGCAGGAAGCCAUCCCAGUCGAGGUCGCGGUCGAAUUCCCCUGGUAAAUCGGCACGUUCCUGGUCGGGCUCCCGGGAGCAAUCCCCUGUCAACAGUGCAGAGUAAACACCGUCUUGUUGAAUUGUUUUUAUAAUUUGCUAAAAGAUUUUCUAUGAAAUGUUGGCCUCGUCAUUUUUUUUCCCCCCUGUCUGUUGCUGGGUUUGGGAUUUAAGUACCUCAACUUUGUUUCAUGCAAACGCUUUGAACCGUAUGAUCCCAUUUAAUUCAGACAUUUGGUUUAAAGUCCUGUGUUUCUUAGAUUAAGUUGAGAAGAAUUGGUCAUCAUUUGACUAGUUUUGUUGAGACAUUCAUUGCUGGACCAUUCUGGUGGGCCCAUCAGCCCAGGGCUUCUUCAGUCAGUCCACAUUAACCAUGUUCUGAUAUUGAUAGUUGAGAAAUCAGUGUCAGGACAACUUGUCUGGCUUCCUAGCACUUGCAUGAACGUGGAGUUUUGAAUUGUUUUUUUUAAAAAAGAAGUGAAUGUGACAGAUGUGAAUUUGAUUUGAGUGUCCUUGUGAUAAAACGCAAGAUUGAGGUUUGUAGUUUAAUUCCCCAACUAAUUGGCCAGUUGGGAAUAUUGGGUUCAAAGGAGCUGAGCCAGUUGAAAACGAGUGCUUCCAUUCAUUGAGACAUCUGCUGAAGACCAAACGUGUUUUAGUUCCCAAACUGUGUGCAUCUUAACUCGGAUCUAGAUGCUGUUUCGGCAGCCGAGACAAGAUUUGUUUGCUUUGUACAAAAUUGCUGAAACUGCCCGUCAUAGUGCCAGUGGAUAUUGAAAAUAUUCCGUUUAUUAGGAAACCUUGCAAGAUGGGUCAUUUCCUUUUUCGUUUUGAGUUGCUACUGGUUCCGAGAUUUUUUUUAAUUUUUUUUUUUAAACCUUGAAUUUUCUCUCUCCACGAGUUUCUUCCAAAGCGGUGAUUUGGUGCAGUUGUGUUUCAGUAGCGCACAUUUGCAUCCUGCUUUUGGAGAACCCUGCCCUGCUUGCAUUUGGAAGUUGCUUUCGUUUGAAAGCCUCGGUGUGUGGCUGCAGAGUAGAUGAUGUUUCUCACCCGCUCUGAGCGACGGGCACCAAGACCUGAUCAUGUGGGAUGGGCAGGUGCUGGAGGAAAGCAGGGAAAAUGUGUGUGUGUAUAUAUAUAUAGUUUUUGAUUCACGUGUUAAUAGUUCAUGCUUUUGUUCCUUUCACAUUGUUUUAAAGUAUAUAUAGUUAUAUUUAACUUGAUCCAUCCCUCUAACUAGUUGUUAGAGAACCAACCUGUAAUGUUGCUCUGCAUUGGAACUGAAUUUGAAGGAACAUCGUACAUCAAUUUAGAUGUUUGUACUAACAAUUUUAUACGAAAACUAUAAAUCUCAAUGUUCCAUGUACCUUUACUGUAAUCUGCUAGUCUAUAAAGUCUGAUUGUGUACUAAACAAGACUGCAUCGCUAUCAUUCCUUGCAGCAAGAAAUGGUACUGCAUUAAAAUUUUAGUUACCAACAGUGA